AUGUCUGGCAACUCCGAAGAUGGAGGGCUUCCUCACAACUCGGGCCCAACGCGUCGUCCACGAGCACCCACAAUCACAAUUGACACAUCUGCAGUGAGUCCGGUGACGCCCACGGAGCAGAACUUUCAAACGACCUCCCCAACAGGCCAAACCACUGUGCCGUUGCUGUCACGCGACAAUUCAGACGUCUCGGUGCAAUCGGGCAUCUCGCCCACCGACGCACGCUCAACAACAUCCUCCGAAUGGUAUCGAGAGAGUAGGCCAACCUCUCCACACAAUGUUUCCUCUCCGACGUCAAAGUUCAAUAGCGAAAGCCAUUCAAAUUUCCUCGCAGUUCCAGGGACCCGAUCUCGGGGUAACUCUAUAGAAUCCGAGACCGGAAGCAAUACAGACUAUUCCUUUGGCGGUGAGACCUACGUGCAAUCCAGUCCAUCACACACCGAACGCACAUCGCAGGACCUAAGUCGCAGGAAUACCAUCUUGAAUGACGAGGAAGCUUUGCGCCCAGAUCCUGGAACCGAGAAGGAUUUUGAAGUCGAAAAUAACAAGUUCGCAUUCACGCCGGGCCACUUGAAGAAGUUUUUUAAUCCAAAAAGCCUGGGUGCACUCCACGCUGUGGGUGGAAUGAACGGCCUGGAGAAAGGUCUGAGAUCUAACCGAAACUCCGGCUUGAGCAUCGACGAAACUUUUCUGGAUGGCACCGUAUCCUUUGAGGAUGCCGUACAUACUACAACCGGGAACCACCAGCCUAAAACAAUCAGCCGAGUAGACACCCAUAAAACGCAAUCGAGUCGACAUUCGCAGUCUAAGGAGGUAUUUGCUGAUCGUAGGCGCGUUUUCGGAGCGAAUCAGCUUCCUGAGAAGAAGGUCAAGACAAUUUGGGAGCUUGCUUGGAUCGCGUAUAACGACAAGGUUCUCAUCUUACUUUCCAUUGCUGCAGUCAUUUCACUGGCGCUUGGAAUCUACCAAUCUGUUACUGCUGACGAUGGCGAGGCUCGAGUGCAAUGGGUUGAAGGUGUUGCUAUUAUUGUCGCUAUUCUAAUCGUUGUUGCCGUCGGAGCAGUGAACGAUUAUCAAAAGGAAUUGCAAUUCGUCAAACUCAGCAAAAAGAAGGAGGAUCGUCAGGUCAAGGCUAUCCGUUCUGGCAAGACGGUCGAGAUCUCUGUUCACGAUGUUUUAGUUGGCGACGUUAUUCUCCUUGAACCCGGAGAUCUCGUGCCCGUUGAUGGUGUUCUUAUCCAAGGCCACAACGUAAAGUGUGACGAGUCAUCUACUACUGGUGAAUCGGAUGUUUUGCGAAAGCACUCUGCGGACGACGUAAUGCGAGCCAUCGACAACCAUGAAUCGUUGAAUAAGCUGGACCCGUUCAUUCUCUCCGGAGCCAAGGUGUCCGAGGGUGUUGGCAAGUUUAUGGUCACUGCCGUCGGUGUACAUUCAGUGUAUGGAAAGACCUUGAUGUCUCUUCAGGACGAGGGUCAAACUACACCUUUGCAAUCCAAGCUCAACGUACUCGCCGAAUAUAUCGCCAAACUCGGCCUCGCAGCUGGCCUCUUACUCUUCAUCGUUCUUUUCAUCAAAUUCCUCGUCCAGUUGAGUUCAUACGAGAGCCCCAACGAUAAGGGUCAGGCUUUCUUGCAAAUAUUCAUCGUCGCCGUCACAGUUAUUGUGGUCGCCGUUCCUGAAGGACUGCCACUUGCUGUUACUUUGGCUCUUGCUUUUGCAACUACUAGGAUGCUCAAAGAUAACAACCUGGUCAGAUUAUUGCGUGCAUGUGAAACAAUGGGUAACGCCACCACCAUCUGCUCCGAUAAGACCGGCACCUUGACCCAAAACGUGAUGAAGGUGGUUGCUGGGUGCCUGGGCACUUCAAAACUCUUUUUUGACAAUCAGAAGAACGAAUCAUCGCAAUCCGAAGAGAACGGAGACUCCGAUGCAGGAGAAGUUUCUCCUUCUGCUCUAGUUUCGGGUUUAUCUGCAGAUGCUAAAGAGCUCCUGUUGGAUUCUAUCGUUCUUAACUCUACGGCUUUUGAGUCACAAGAAGAUGAUGGGCGCCUCACUUAUGUCGGUUCAAAGACUGAAACGGCUUUGCUCACAUUUGCGAAAGAUUAUCUUGGACUUGGCAGCCUCAACGAAGAACGAUCCAAUGCUAACAUGGUUCAAAUGGUUCCGUUUGACUCUGGUCGCAAGUGUAUGGCUGUCGUCAUCAAGCGAAAGGAGGGCCAGUACCGGAUGUUUGUCAAAGGCGCCUCGGAAAUUCUUAUUGGAAAAUCUACUCGGGUCAUCAACAAGAUCGAAACUGGUUUGAGCAGCAUCCCACUCAGUGAUGACGCUCGUACUGGUUUUCUGAACAUCUCCAACACAUAUGCAUCUCGGUCUUUGAGAGCCAUCGGCUUGCUCUACCGCGACUUUGAACAAUGGCCCCCUCGUGGAGCUCCUACACAAGAAGACGACAAGAACUUGGCUGUAUUCGAUGCUAUUUUCAUGGAUAUGACACUAGUUGGUAUUGUGGGAAUCCAGGAUCCCCUACGUCCCGGAGUAACCGAGUCUGUCCAGCAAUGUCAGCGUGCAGGUGUCUUUGUCCGAAUGGUCACUGGUGAUAACAUCAACACUGCCAAAGCUAUCGCCGAGGAAUGUGGAAUUUACACGGCUGGAGGUGUUGCCAUGGAGGGUCCUAAAUUCAGAAAGCUAAGCACAAAGCAGAUGAACCAGAUUAUCCCUCGUCUACAAGUCUUGGCACGGUCUAGCCCAGAAGAUAAGAAGAUUCUCGUGUCAGCACUUAUCCGGCUGGGCGAGACGGUUGCUGUGACUGGCGAUGGUAGCAACGAUGCUGCGGCUUUGAAAACGGCUGAUGUCGGAUUUGCAAUGGGUAUCGCGGGAACUGAGGUCGCAAAGGAGGCCUCUGAUAUCAUCCUGAUGGACGAUAACUUCACCUCUAUUGUGAAGGCUAUAUCGUGGGGUCGCACUGUUAACGAUGCUGUCAAGAAAUUCUUGCAGUUCCAGAUUACUGUCAACAUCACUGCCGUCAUUCUUACCUUUGUGUCAGCAGUUGCCAGUGGCGAUGAGAACUCUGUGUUGACUGCGGUUCAGUUGCUUUGGGUCAAUUUGAUCAUGGAUACUUUUGCAGCUCUUGCAUUAGCUACCGAUCCACCAGCUCCAUCCGUUCUUGAGCGCCGUCCAGAGCCGAAAUCAGCUCCUCUCAUCACUGCCACUAUGUGGAAGAUGGUGAUUGGACAGGCUAUUUUUCAACUGGUUAUUACAUUGAUCUUAAACUUUGCUGGAUUGAGCAUCUUGUCGAGCAUGAACGUGCUCACCGACCCGAACAACAUCGCGAAUGCCACCAAAGAACUCAAGACAGUCGUUUUCAAUACCUUUGUUUGGAUGCAAAUCUUCAACCAGUACAACUGUCGCCGUUUGGAUAAUCACUUUAAUAUCUUUGAAGGAAUGUUCCGCAACUAUUGGUUCUUGGGAAUUCAACUGAUCAUUAUCGGUGGACAAGUCCUGAUCAUUUUCGUCGGAGGUCAGGCAUUCGCCAUUACGCGCUUGAAUGGUCCUGAAUGGGGAGUUUCCCUCGUCCUUGGAGCCAUCUCCCUUCCUGUAGCCAUUAUAAUCCGACUGAUACCGGAUGAAUUUAUCCGACGGCUCAUACCAUCAUUCUGGAAACGCAAGAAGAGGCAGGGCCCUCAAUUGUUGGUGUCAGAUGAAGAACGUCGAUAUGAGUGGAAUCCCGCUCUGGAGGAGAUUCGAGAUCAGCUCACAUUCUUGAAAACGGUUCGUGGCGGACGUUUGAAGAAUAUCAAACAUAAACUACAGCAUCCUCAAACCCUCCUCCCUCGAUCACGCAGCGGAUCACGUUCCCGCGAGGGGUCGAUCUUCGCUCCAUCGACCAACGGGGAGCCCACCGAACCAGCCUCUCCUCCGCCGGCCACCCCCGAGUCACGUUCUCGAAAUCGCACUCCACGAUCUCGAUCAAAUUCUGCUUUUGGACCGGCUGCUGCGAUGGCUGGUGUUAUUGCAGGAAGUAUUGCUGGCUGGUCUCCGGUGGAGCGCAAUCCCGGCGAACAAGAAUCGUGGCAUUUGUCAACGACCAGCCCGCACUCGGGGUUGGAUAAACAACAGGGGGUUGACAUUCACCCGCAAACCGCUGAGGAUGAUCCCAUUAUUGUGAACGACUACAAUCUAUUAUCAACCUCUACCCCACCCAGUCAGAAUCCUGAUUUGAUCCCGGUAUUUGAACAUGGCCCGCCGGAUCGCGUGCCAAGUCGUGGACGACGCUCUACCUCAAGACGGUCACGGUCAAACACGAUGACUACAUUCGGUAGUCGACGAUCUACUUCUCACUCACAAGCACCGCCGCAGUAG